AUUUUUUAAAAAGCUUGAUUUCCUCAUUCCACACUGACCUUAUGGGAAUUUGUUUGUACUUGAUCAAUAAUGAGGCAACCAAGUAUCUGUAUUGUGGCUAUUGUUAAUAUUUUGAAUGUAGAGGAAACAUUCAAGAAUCCUUUGAUAUUUCAUGAUUGCCUGUUGAAUUUUCUAAGUAUAUUAUAUAUACGAUCUGGCGCAAGACCAUUUUAAGUUCCUCUGAUAUCAGUGGAAGCAAGGCAUACAUAUGCUUAAUUCUCCCACUGAAAUCAAAGUCACUUAAAAAGUGCUUAAGUUCAUUUGAUUAUGUCGCUAUAUAUGCAGCAGUCUGAUAUUGAGUAUUUGCCAAAUGGUGGUCAAGAACUCAAGGUGUAUUGAUUGUCAACUCAUAGAUUAGGACCGAGAAAUGCAUUACGUCUUGACCUAAAGUGGGUUUCACAAAUCAUUUUUUUAAAAAUACAAUAUAGAUGCAAAGGAAGACAAGAGUGUUGUGCCUCCUAUGUAGAAGGAGUGAUCUCAGCCUGCAUGAUUUCCCUUCUUAAAUUUCCUCUUCUGUAUGACAGUUGAAGUUGCAGGAGCCCAUCUCUUCAUUGUAACUUGUCAUCCUAGAAAGAAAUAGAAGGAAGGUGAUCAUUUGCAAUAAAUAAAUUAAAUUGGGUCCCAUGUUGCAUCUGGUAAGGAUGAAAGCAUGUAAAGUGGUGGAUUUCACAAGCCUUCCUUGUGAGUUACAAAAGAGCCAGUAGAAGGGUAAUGUCAGGCUAUGUAGUAUAAGGUGACCGAUUUCACUUUUAGACUAGGUUAACAACAUCAGCUGUGUUCUGCUAAGGUGAAACUUCAGUUCAGUAAGAAAAACAGAAACUACAAACAACAACAGUAGCGAUUUGAAUGUUGACUAACUUUCAUUUCACCACUAGAUGCCAGUAUGACAGCUUUUAGAUAUCUCUUCCUUUUCUAGGCAGGUGGUUAGGCUAUGAACUAUGAAAAAGCCAGGUACAGUAUUCUCAAAAGGUCACUCAACUCCCUUAAUGCAUUUGCCCAGAAAUGUAUCUGGACAUAGCAUUAAAUGUAUUCAGAUGGGGUCUACAGCAGGGCUUCCUAAUCUGUGGCUCUCUAGAUGUUCCUGGACUAGAAUUCUCAUCAUCCUUGAGUCUUGGCCAUUCUGCCUGAGGCCGAUAGCAGUUAAGAGUCCAUAUGGAGUGCCGCAGAUUAGCUAUCUGUGGUCUACAGCAAAAAAAGAGGCCCUAACAGGUUGCACUGGGUUUGAAACUGUCCUUGCAGAAUCAGUGUGAUAUAAAUGCUGUCUUUAAAUGUUAAACCCUUGCUUUUUUCUAAUAACCAGUUACAUUUGUCUACCGCUUCUUAAUCUAAUCUAAGUUAAGUUAAAAGGUGUUAUUGGAUACGGACAUGUAUUGCAGGUUAAACAUGAAAAUCUUAGCAGCAUGUUGAUAGUUUUUAUUAGAAUGUAACUUGCAGAUUAAUGUAUUUGAGCAUGCAGGUGGUUAUCACCACCCUUAUGUUCUCCUGUUCUUAUAUUUUGAGGAUAUGUCCUUAAUACAGUUUAGUAUGAUGGGCAAUAUUCGCAAAAUUUAACGUAUCCCUGGUACAUUGACGAUUCUGGAACUUCACGGGGACCCCAGAGUUGAUUGAGGGACAAGAUUUUAAUUAAUGGUGGCCAAAUUCCUAAAUAUACGCUGCAUAAUUUUCUGCAACAUCUAGUGUUCGGUUAACCUUAAAACUGCAAUGAAGAGAAUGAUGAUUGAUAGCACUGUCUCCAUUCAACAAAAUACUUGUUAUUGUGCACCAAAAAUGAUAAUUAAACAAGUCAUAAAAUGGGAGAUGGAUUUAUACAUUAAAGGCAUUAAGCACAAAACACAAUAUAACAAUCUUCAUUAUUUUCAAAUCGCAGCAAGCUUUUGAAUCAGGUUAUAAUUUCCAGUACAGUGGUACCUAGGUUGAAGUACACAAUUGGUUCCGGAAGUCUGUAGUUAACCUGAAGCGAACUUUCCCAUUGAAAGUAAUGGAAAGUGGGUUAAUCCGUUCCAGACGGAUUCACGGAGUACUCAACCUGAAGCGUACUUAACCCGAAGUAUGAGUAUAAUUGGUUCUGGAAGUCCUUACUUAACCUGAAGUGAACUUUCCCAUUGAAAGUAAUGGAAAGUAGAUUAAUCCGUUCCAGACAGGUCCGCGGAGUACUUAAACGGAAAUUACUCAAACCGAAGCGUACUUAAACCGAGUAUGUACAUGUAACAGGAAUGUAAGCUGGAAUGCAAAAGGCUUGCUCAAGAACAGUGACUCUGAACUCAGGUGUUCAAAGCAUAUCCAGCUGAUUUAUCAGUAGUGUCAAUUGGACUAUCUAGUAUGUGCAUGACAGUUGUGCAACUGAGUAACAGUAAUCUUGAUGGCAAAAGAGAUAUUACUUCCUGUUGAAAUAAGUUAAUUUAAUUAGUAACACCAAAAUUUGAUUUGAGUGCUAAAUUCUCUGCAGAAAAUGUAUGAAUGAAGAUUAUUGUCAUCUCUGAAAUACGUUUUGGGACAAUCUUACCCAAAUGUAACCCAUGCUUUGUUAAAACUGCCAGGUUUUUUCUUCUAACCCUAUGCACUUCAGGGAAUUAAAACAGGAAGUGGUCAGUUGCCGUAACUAAUUUAUAUUUUUUAAAUAUGGAUCUUCCAAAGUUCCAAUGGAUCAUCAUCUUAUUUGGCUUGUAAAGCUGUUUUUGUAUUACUAUAUUAGGAAAUAAUUUUAAAUUCUCAAAGGUGGAAUGAAUAUUAAAAGAUGGCCUUUCCUUUUAGCAAUGAGUGGCACCUUUUUGUUAACUUGUGAGUUGCCUUACAGAACUACCCCUUUCCUUCACAGUACUGUGAAAUUUUGUGUCACAUUUUAUUUAAAUCAAGUCGUUCAAAGUUUACACUUUUCUCACAGUGGAUAAAAUGUAAAAGUAUUUUCCUACCUACCUGCUCAAGUGUGAAUCCUGCCAGAGUUUUUUUUUUAAUGAGAGAGAACCUAGAAUUAUGCUGGAAAUAGAAACCAAAGCUAAGCAUCCUUUGGGGGAUGCCUAGUUGCCCCAGAAUAACCUAACUAUGUAUAUACAUAAUGUGAUUCUCAUGCAGGAGCACUAGGAAGGAAACACUGUUCCAACUACUUUUGUAUGGCCCAGUGUUGUUUCACUGCAAUAAAACAUUUACGUAUAAGUGUGCUGCAGGGCAGCAAACAAACUUAAAGCCAGCUCAGUUCGUUGAUGAAUUGGCUUUCCAUUUUCUUUUUUUAAUUGCUAGCUUCCUUCUCACCUUUAUGUUCUUCCUCUGGUGUCUUCAAUCACUGCUCUUGUUUUGUGUUUUUCUCAGUUUCCCCCCCAAAAAGUAACUGAAUACAGUAGUACAAAAGUCAAAGAAAAAUAUGCUCAUUUGCACAGCUGUAAAAAUAAACCUCCUGAUUACAGCAUGUGUUUUUCUAGGUGUAGAGUUACUUGAACUGGAUAGCCAAAAUAUUUCUUGGCUUGCUUUGUCCAGGAUUGUCAGGAGGGUUUUUGAUUUUUGCUACUUGCAUGGACUAGUGCAUUGCACACUUUGGGAGCUUGCAGCUUAAAAAUAAGUCAGAAAAUUCUUGGACUAACAAUUUCUAUCCCUUCAUUGGAUGUCGGACAAGUGGUGGCAUCUGCAAAGCCAGAAAAGGAAAGGCUUGCCUUAUACAGACUGCUCUGUGCAAUGACACAAUGGCUCCGAUAUAAAGUGUUGCUUGACCUGAGCUUGGAAGGCAAAGGAACAAAGAAACAAGAAGUGACAGUUUUAGAGAACUGAAGAAGCAUUGACGUCCCCUUAUGAUGGAUAAAUUUAAGGCUGCUCUGUUGCUGGCAGGGGUAGGAGAUGCUCUGGGCUAUCGAAACUUCACACGGGAAAAUAAUGCAUUAGGUGCAAAGAUUCAAGGGGAACUGAAAGAAAUUGGAGGACUCGAGAACCUGGUCCUGUCAUCUGACAAAUGGCCAAUCAGUGAUAAUACUAUAAUGCACAUGGCUACAGCUGAAGCUCUCAUCACAGAUUACUGGUGUUUAGAAGACCUAUAUCGGGAACUUGUAAAACGUUAUGUGGAUGCUGUUGACAAACUUCCUGGGAGACGGUCAGAUCCUGCUACUAUCGAAGCUUGCUCCCAACUGAAACCAGACAACUAUCUCCUGGCUUGGCACACACCAUUUAAUGAGAAAGGUUCAGGAUUUGGAGCAGCUACAAAAGCCAUGUGCUUAGGGAUGAAAUAUUGGAAGCCUGACAGGCUGGAAACUCUCAUUGAAGUGAGCAUUGAAGUUGGACGAAUGACUCAUAACCACCCUACAGGGUUUUUAGGAUCACUGUGCACAGCUCUGUUUGUUUCAUACGCAAUACAAGGAAAGCCACUGGUGCAGUGGGGAAGAGAAAUGAUGAAGGUUGUCCCAAUGGCUGAAGAAUACUGCAAGAAGACGAUUCGGCACAUGGCAGAAUAUCAGGAGCAUUGGUUUUACUUCGAAGCAAAAUGGCAAUUUUACUUGGAGGAGAGAGAAAUCAAUGAAGACAACCAGAAUAAACCCAACUUUCCUGACAAUUAUGAUGCUGAGGAAAGAGAAAAGACUUAUAGGAGAUGGAGUUCUGAAGGUCGUGGUGGAAGGAGAGGUCAUGAUGCUCCCAUGAUUGCAUAUGAUGCUCUCUUAGGAUGUGGUAGUGAUUGGACCGAACUUUGCAACCGGGCAAUAUUCCAUGGUGGUGAGAGUGCAGCGACUGGAACUAUUGCUGGCUGUUUGUAUGGCUUGCUUUAUGGUAUCAACAAGGUCCCUAAAGGCUUGUACCAGGAUCUUGAACAGAGGGAGAAGCUAGAAAACUUGGGAGAGGCUCUCUUCCGACUCUCUUCAGAGGAAAACAGAAGUAAAGGUACAAAGCUGGGCAGUGAUAAGGUGCUGGUUGACCCGAUAGUGCUGAAGAAGAAGCUCAGUAAGAUGUCCACAGAACUAGGUGCAUUUGCUGUCCUCAGCAGCCUUCUACUUUACCUCACAGAACUCCUAUCCAGCCAACCCCAGGUCGAGAGCAAGAAGGCCAAAUGGCUCGAAGGCAUAGAGAACAAGGUGAACUUGAAGCGCGAAUGCCAAAGCGCACAUGGCAACAUUCGUCCCACCAAAUUCCAGCUUCUGCAAUCGAGGUUCAUGAACAACAACCGCGAGGCCUACAGGAAAAGGUCGAGAGAGGUUGGCAAGCUGGUCGUUAAAGAAAAGCAGAACAGAAACGGGCUGAACUCCAUUGUAAGCAAGCUGGACAAAAGCUCCUCAAAAGAAGGAGAAAGCCCAGAGAUAACACCCCAUGAUAAGGUCAAAUGGGUCUGCUCAACUGGGAAAAAUACUGUGAAGAACAUCCUGAAGAAAUUCUUAGUUGCUGAGGAAAAAGAAGCUAAAGAUAGAGAAAAGCAGGCGGCUCCAAAAAAGAAGACACCAAACGACAAGCUGCCCAAGAUAAUAAACAAAAACUCUGUCUUGUCCAAACUGAAAGAAAAGUUUGAACAAAGCAGUAAUAUCUGUUCAGCCAUUGAGGUGAAAUCUUUGCUGCCGUGUAAAGGCGAGAGAAAGAGCAAAAAGGGCCCAGAGAGAAAAAAGAUUUGCAAACCUGAAAUAAGAGUGCUUGAAAGGAAAUUGAGGACAACCACAAUUGUCAAUAGCCCUCACGCUCAACAGCUGGUAUGCACAACUGUCCCUACACCUAAAUUCUGUGUUGCUACUGAAAUUAGUCGCCCUUGGAGUUGGGCUACAAAUGCCAAGUCUGCCACUCAGCCUUCUGAAGUGGGGAGACCAAAAGUCACCCAGAAAGUACCUGACAUCGGGUCUCAUGACAGCAGGAUACCAGAAAGCAGGGCACAUAAAGGGCAACUGGGAGGACAGUUGCAAAACAAGCAUCAUGAAAUGCCUAAGGUAGUGGCUGACAAAAAGGACAUUAUCGAGAGUACAAGCCCAGGUUCUAAUCAAGACAGUGUUCUUCCUUCACGUGAAAAUGUGUCCCUUGUUGAUUGCAUUCCUCCUUUAUCUAAGGACAGCUUAGAUCACAAAGAGAACAUCAUACCGCCUGUGGAUGAUACCUUUUCCAGGUCCAGAGACAAAAAUGCAGCAAAUAUAAUGUGCAGAGAAAACAUACCUACUAAGGACCUCUCUCCUAAUCCAGUUGAAGGAGUUCAUGCACAUAGUCACCAGGAAAUGAAAGGGGAUGGGAUUCCUGGCAUACCAGAAGGCAUGUUCAGGCCAAAGGAGACAGAAAUAGAAUUAGCAGAGCCUAUAAAAGAUCCCCCAUUCACCAGCCAAAAAUGUUUCUCUGAAAAGAAAGUGUUGGAAAAUAUUCCACCAUUUCCCUCUCCUGUAGCUCAGGCAUCUUGUAACAGAGAACCUCCAAUAAAGGACCAGCAAUCAAGUGUUGAACCUGCAGCUGUUCACAAAAUGCCUCCGCUUAAGCCAAGUCAAGAUAACGCACAAGGUUUUGGGAGCACAUUUUCUGACGCAGUUCAGAACAAAGAAAAGCUGCCUGAUAAAGAGGAACUAUUUCCUAGCCUUAACAAAAGCGACCAUGCGGGUAAAGCAAAAAAGGGGGCGCUACAGCCAUCGAAAAGCCAAGGUGAGCCAUCUGAUCAUCUGGCAGAAAGUGAGCAUUUGCCCAAGGAGCCACAAGCACACCCAAAGCUGAGCCAACAAAAUAACCCUAGCUCAAACAUAUCAAAACAGACUAUAGAUCAACCACACCAAAGUCCUACUUCAAAUAAGAGCCAGAAAGACAACAAUGAUGUAAAAGGAAAUGAUUUUGAAAAAGAGCUCCACCCUUUGACUGGCGAUUUAGAUAAAUCCACCUGCGUUAGAGCAGCAGAGAAUACUAGCAAAACCGAACUGCGCUCAGAUAAUGAAAAGACAAAUUCUGAAAACAAGAGCAAAAAGGGAAAUAGUAGCUUGAGCCAUUUGGAUACCUCUCAGAGGCUACCGGAAGAAUUCACCAGCCACGAAACUGGCAACCUGGAAAAGAAUCCUGCACCUCCUUCUGAAAAAUCUCACUCAUCCUCACUGACCCAUUCAGCAAACCCAGAAGGCAAUACUCCAGAAGUCGACAGACCUUGGUGCAGUGUCGGAAACCUCCAAACCCCAACAUCAAAUGCAGUGAAAAAGAAAGAGAGCUGUAUUGUAAGAGACAAUGUCACUAGUCCCAAUUCUGAGAAACACCACUUCCCUUCUCCAGCUGAAUUGCUGAAGCCCAAGGGGGCACCUGGGCAAGACAACAAACCAACAACAAGCAAUUUGUGCAAUGAUUUAAUUAAGAGUGAAAACCAUGCUGUAGAAGUUGAGGGUAUGAGUCCCCAGACCAGGAAGUAUCAACCACCCUCAACAAAGGAGAUUAGAAAGCAUGAAAUUAGUCCUGUAGGGGAGGCAAGCCCUGCACACAAUGUGGAAAAGCAGCAGGUGCCCUUGGGAAACAAAACUGGGAAGCAUGAAGGCAUGAAAGUGAUGGCAGAAGUAAAGCCUGGGAAAAGCAGAUUUCCCUCCCAAAAUGAAACAGCGAAGCAGGGGGAUGGUGAAGGAGGAGAAAGAAAUCUACUGAAAGAAGUACAAUGUCUAAUUCCAUCAUCAGCUGACAGAAAGGAGCAAGAAGACAAGGUAACAGAAGAGAAAAACUCUAUAGUGGGAGGUAAGAAGUUGGUGCAUAACUCCAAUAUGCCCCAGAAAUCAAGAAAAAGUGACCUUGCAGAGGGUGGUGGUGAAAGAGCAGGUGCACAGCAGCUGACCCCACCAAAGCAUAACACUAGCAGUCCGGGAGUGUUACAUUCCCCAGAUAACUCAAAAUGUCAAACGCCAUCAAGAGAUCCAGAAAAAGGUGGAACUGUUGCAUCAAAAGAUGAAUACACUGCAAAACACCAGCUCUCCUCACUCAAAGAACCAGUGAAACGUGAUGAUAAUGCUAACCAAAGAAUUGCCCAGGAUAGCCUUAAGAGUGACAAAAUGCCAUUAUCUGGUGAGAAAGUGAAACCUAAAAGCAAAUCAGGGAAGACAAAAGAGAACACUAGUAAUUCUGGGCAAAACCAGUUCCCUUUGGAAAAUGAACUUCCAAAGAAUAAAAAGGCCGAGCCAAUGAAACCUGCAGCAGACAAGUCACAGAAACCAUCCGUAGAUGACUCUAGAAAUGAACUUGCAAAGAGUAAAGAGACUACUGUAAGGGAGAGCGGAACUUUGCGCAACCUUAAGGAAGAUCAAAUACCAGCACCAAAUGAACCAAAGACUGUGUCAGUAAAUCUUGCAGCAGGGAAGCCGCAGAAACCAUCCUUGAAUGACUCUAGAAAUCACGAGGACAUUGCUAAGAAUGAAAAACAGGCUUCAUGGAAUUCUAAGAACCAGCAGCUACCCUUACCAGAUGUGAAACAGGAGAGCCAUCAAUAUAGCGUCACAGCAGGGAAACAGCAGCAGCAACCACAACCACCAAAGGAUUAUGUCAAGCCUAAAUCUAGUAUAAGAGAUGGAAAGCAUAUGCAUCAUAAAUCUGAGAAGUAUCGUCUUCCUGCCUCAGAUGAACUGGGAGUGCAUGAAAAGAACGCUAGUGAAAGGAAGGGUUCCUUGGCUCCACUUUCAAGUCACAAUAGGACCAUGCAAAAGAAGAAAACACUAUGUGAGACUGAUACCAGUCCCAAAUUGGGAUCGCCAAACAAGACAUGUCCUGCAGAACAGAGAAAACCACAGCGUAGUCCUCCUGGCAAGUACCAAACUCUAUCAGCAAAUGUGCUAUCAGAGCAAGGAAAUGGGGAAUCUCAAAAGCAUGGGGCUGAUGCAAUAAGACAGAAAGCUAGAUCACUAGCCUUGGAAAAAUAUAUAGCAGAAAGCUACAGUGAAGAACUACCGGUAGCACCUUUGUCUAUUAAACCAAUGGUUGUUCGUGCGAUUGAUACAAUUAAGCUUGAUAACUAAAUGCAGCUCAAAUGACUGGAAUAUAGACCUGAAUUUUUCAUCCUUUGGCCACUGUUUUAUUUCAGAGAUUUAAAUGAUGGCAUUGAAAUCACACUGAGUUGGCUGUCCAUUGAUCAGUUUUGGAUUUUAGCGGUCAUUAAAACUGGUGUCACCUGGAACCUCAAGUAUAUUACAUGUCAACCCAGAAUAAUCAGAAGCCAAUGAUUCGCGUAUGGGAACUCUUAGAUGUAAUAACUAUGGGAACAAAGGCCCGGUCAAGAUAUGGGGCAGAAUAAAGUGGCCUCAUGCCAUCAUAACACUUAUUUAUGUUAGAAAUAAACAGAGAAGCAGCACAGGAGGCAAAGACUAGACUAGAACCCUUCUUCCAGAUAUGCUUAACAGAGGGAAGUUUACUAAAACUGCGCCCCUCACCUGGGAGGUGGAAGUGAUUGUGUUUACCCUCAAUAUGCUGCCUCCUGUUUCUGCUGUAUGGGAACCCUCAGCCAAAAUUAGGCACUUUUAAUGGGAGAGAUUUGAACAGUAAAAACAACAAAGAAGUAUUGUGGCACCUUAAAGAGCAACCAAUUUAUUGAGGCAUUUCCAUGAAACCCACAACUUCUUUCUGUUGCUCCAGAGGGCAGGGUGACAACAAAUGGGUGGAAAUAACAAGGAAGCUGAUUAGAAGAAACUUCGUAACUAUGAGAGCUGUCUGACAGUGGAGUGGGCUGCCUUGGGAGGCGCUUUCCUUCAAUGAAGGGGCUGGGGUUUUUUUGUAGGUAAAAUAUUUUUUAUUGAAUUUUCCAUUAUAACAGAUAUUACAAGUCAAAACCAUAAAACUACAGAAGAAAAACAAAACAGAAUACAGAGUGUAUGCAGGAAGGAGACAAUGUUACAUCAUAGACAAACAUCCUUAGAUAAGGCGGAGCUGACAAAGUAGUAAUGAUAAUUGUUAUUCUUGGUAAAAUAUUUCAGUGGAGGUUUCUCAACAGAGGUUGAAUCUGUCAGGGUUGCAGCAGUUCAUUCGUUGGGAACCUGUGGAUAUUGCUAGACUAUAAAUCACCCCAGAAUACUGGCUGUGCUGCGAGAAGCAAAGUUAACAGGGAACAAGGCAGAGGGCCUUCUCAGUAGUGGCGCCCUCCCUGUGGAACGCCCUCCCAUCAGAUGUCAAGGAAAUAAACCAACUAUCUUGACUUUUAGAAGACAUCUGAAGGCAGCCCUGUUUAGGGAAGUUUUAAAUAACUGAUGUUUUAAUGUAUUUUUAAUAUUUUGUUGGAAGCCGCCCAGAGUGGCUGGGGAAACCCAGCCAGAUGGGCAGGGUAUGUAUGUAUUUAUAAAUAAUUAUAAUAAUUAUAGGGUUUGUGGUAGUUCAUGUCCAAUACUACCUGGAGGGCCACAUAUUUCUGUCAUGGUUAUAUUGUAGGUUCUGCCUUCAGUAGGGGAUUAGUUAAGACUGAGCAGGAGAUUAGACCUUUAAGAUCCUUUUCCAACUCUGAAAUUGUAUGAUUCUAUAAUAAAAGGUGCCAGACUUUAAGGUUUCACAAGUCUUUGCCAGAUAGCUUUCUGGGAUUAAUCAUGAUGGAUGACAGCUUAGAAGAUCUAUCCUUAGGACUUUGCUUUCUUACUCUUGGAAACAGGAUGGUGGGUUAGACAGUGCAAUACCAGUGGGACAUAAAGAGUGCUUAACUUGAGCUGCAUCGUACCCAAUGUUUGUUUCUCUGCUGAAGGCUGAGGUUAGUGUAUAACUAACUAAAGUGACCUGGAAGGCUAUUCAGCAACUGAAAUCAUGCCUGUAUACACAUUUUUGUGUGUGUCUUGUUUUCCAAAAAGAAAGAAAGUGAAAACAGUGGUGCAAAAUAGUGUGCAUAAAUAAGACAAGCACACAAAGAUAGAAGAGGCCUGUAAGAAGGUCUUAACAAUGCUACAAAAUGUAAUAAACCGCAAGUCAUUUUUGAGUAUUGUAAUAAAAGGCUCUUUGUGACAAUUAAAUUACAAAUACAUCUGCUCUACAGGAUGAUACAGUAAAAUCCUGAAUGAAAUAUAUUUUAUCACGGGGAAAAUAUUGAUCAAAUCUCUUGCAGAGGUAAUUUGGUAUCAUCCAUGUGUUCAAUACAUUCAGAUUCCUGUAUAGCUUUAUCUUUCAACAUUUAUUACAUUCCUCAUUGUGAUCAACCUAUUAAUAAAGAUUCAGAAUGUGGUAAGCAUGCCAGAUCCUAGCACUGCCUGGAAUAUGCAAAAAAGGCGCUGCAGAAAAUGAUGAAAGUCAUUAUUGUGAAAUCUGGAAUAAGAAAAAUUGCCUGAAUCCACUGCCUAAAAUUAUGGGACAGAAUAAAGGAUCAUCUUCUUGGUCUCCCUUCUUCCAACUUCUUUGUCCACAAAGGGAGAGUAUCUUGUUUAGGAGCAGAAAUAGGCCCACUUUUCCUGAGGCACUUCUAUAAUGCGAACAUACCAGAAGGAUAAAUAUCCAAGAGAGGACCCAGGUGUCACAUUAAGGUCAAGACUCACAGCAACAGAAUUCUGGUCUACAAAAUGAAACUUGAUACUACAUAAUGAGCAACCAGGAUCUCUGAACUGUCUUAAAAGAAGGUGACUUUCACAAUUCAAAAAGCAAACACAUGUAACCCCUGUCCAAAGAAAUAGAUUUUUGUCAAGUUCUGGAAGGUUCUGUUUGCUUUUAUCUUUUCAGAUCUUAGUUAUUGUCAGAUAUCACAAUAUCUGUUAGAGCAGGAAUAUACUGCACUGAUUUCAGUUAAAUUUGCUUCCAGAUAAUAACUCUAAGGCUGCAGUGGACUUCUGUGCCUGCCUAGAAGGAAAUAAAACCAUUAAACUCCGUGGAACUUUUGCCCUAUUAAAUAAGUUGAGCGCUGGACGGAGACUCACAGAUUGCUUAUUGGCAGUCUGCGGGGCAAAACUAGAUGUGAUGUUAGUCAUAUGUUUAAACAAGUAUCAUAGUUAACCAGUGCUAUUUUUCUAGAAAGAGAGGUGCCGGAACUCACCCUGAAUGUCUCCCUUGUUCUCUCAUAAUUUCAAUUGAACCCACCUGAAAGGUGCUGGAACUGAGUUCUGGUAAGUUCCGGCUGAAAAAAAGCCCUGUAGUUAACCAGGUUGAUUUUACUUUGGAACAGGGGAAAACGGGGGCACCAAUCCACAAUCUGGUGUGUGUGUGUGAUAGUUUUCUGCUGAAAAUUGGUCCCUUCUGGCUGCUUUCUGCACCCAACCCCACCCCAAAAAGUGCUGAUUACUGCAGACUACACCUUUGUGAUUGAAUAGCAGUAAACUGUUUUAGGGGCUGUUUUAGGAAACUGUUUUCAGGAUUGGAGUCUUACAAAAUAAAAUAAAAGUGGUCAGGUCAUUAAAUAUGUGAUUAAUGUCCCUUUUAGUUUGGCUCUGAAGCAUUUACUACUGAUAAUAUAAUGCAAUGUUUGUGCACCAAUAUUCUUUUGCUACCUCUCAGGUAAAUGUCCUCUGGGAGUUCCUAGGUCUUUGCUAUGAUGGUUAUUUGUAUGAAUUAUUUGGAAUUGCUAGUUGAAUAUAAGACUUAGGGCUCAUUCCAUUAUACUUGGAUGUCACUGAAAAUGUUUCUAGGUGGCAAUGCACAGUUUUUCAGCUAUCUAUAUUUGGUACAUGGGGUAGAGCAAUGGUCUUUGAACCAGUCUUCAGGAAACUACUAUGGAAGGUCUGUGAGAAACCAACUGGAGACAACCACAUACUGUAAUUUAUUUUGUAAAUGCUAUGUCGAAGUAGGUACUUAUGUUUAGAUACUGUUUUUCAACACUGAUGAGCAGGAAAUGGACUUCUUUCUGUUGACGGAGAAUCUCUGCACGACCACAAUCUCAACUGGAAGUAUUUUUGAAGAAUAUGACAGUAAGCUCAAAGGCAGAUACUAUUGUGGAUUUGACAGCAAGUUUUGUAUGAAUUAUGUUAUAAAUCUGGGCUCGUGUAAUAUAUUUAAUUGUAAGUCUUUUGCACAACUUGUUUGCGUAGUUUGGAAUGAGACUGUUACAUGUGUCAGACUUUAUAAUUUGUCUUGAAACACAAAUAUUUCUCAUUUUAUUGUAUUAUAUAAUGUAUGCUUGUUUUUUUAAAAAAAAUCCCCCAUUUUAUAUGGUACUGUAAUGAUUUAUUUUUGUAUGUGGUUUUGUUGAAAAUGAAUAUAUUUAUUUAUUCUGAAGUUUAUUUCAUAGCCAUCCAGACCUAGAUAACAAUGGGUUCUUGUGGGAAUCACAUUUGAACUUUUUUUUUAAAAAAUGCCAUUACAUGGUUCACCAUUUUGAAGAUCAUCACAAUUAACCACCUCAGUGAGGGCUGAAUGGUGUUAUGUGAUGUUUCGGAUGUUUUUCAUGAAUGGCAGGUGCAUGAGUGCAAAGAGAUUUGACGGCGGCGGCAGGGGGGGUUUCACAACAAGCUUCACAAAGGUGUACCCUUAGACAGCCACAAGGUAGAGCAAAUAAAUAAGUAAAAUAAUUUAUAGGAAAGAAUAAUUCUUAAAUUUUGUCACCUUUUUUAAUACUAUAAAUAAGGAUAUAAAAAUUCAUUGCUGGAUCAGACCAAGAUCUAUGCAGUCGUUGCCAGAGUUCAGCAGUUUUUGCCAAUGGUGUAUAUACAACCAAAUGAAAUCUGCAAAGUCUUUUAUUAACUUGUUGUUAUUGUUCAAAAUGUUGGGACAGCCCACUGUCAAAAGGCAGAAAAGUUGGACAGAUUCACCCUUGAUCAAAGACUGAAAGAGCAGUUACAUAUAUUACAGCUUGGACAGACAAGACAGGAACACUGAAGACAUGACACAGCACACGUUGUUCCCUGGGAUGUUAAGCAAGGCGUCAGUUUUACAUUUUUUUUCAAAGUCAGAGGAUUAGCAGGUCUUUCUGGCAUCAGAAAAACAUUCCCCUCCCCUGGCCUACACAUCUCAUAAACAUGGGCUUAAUUUAAAACAGGGUUCACUGGGACAGUAGCCUUAGGAUCUAGGUCCAAUGCCAAGCGGCAAAACCUGAAUGUAUGAAGCCAGGAUAUUGAUCCACUGGAUUAUCUAUGGAUAAAGUUAUUUCCUAAGUUUGGUACUUCUUAAAAAAUGGACAGAGGUUCUGUGCCUUGGGUAUUUAAGGUGGGAGCAUACCUCAUCUGUUGUACACACUAUUGUUGCCAAUAGUUAAAAUGAGCUUUGCUAGAAGGUACGUAUGCCAAAGGGAUAAAUCCCUUUUAUUUGUGGUUAAAGAAGAUGAUCUGUGUUGACAGCCUUGCUGCCAUUAAAGCAAAGAAUAAAGAAGCGUAACAAUCCCAAGUGCUCUGAAAAUAUUUCUCUCUCCCACCACUCCACAAUUUUAGCUGUAAUAUAUCAGUAUGUGGAGCUUUCUGCCUCGUGCAUCUUGGUUGGUUUGUUUGUUUUUGGCACUCAGAUUUGCCCUUCCUCAUUAAAAUAUUGAUAGAAUCAUAGAAUUGUAGCAUUGGAAGUCUAUUCCAACUUCCUGCAAUGCACGAAUCUCAACUAAAGCAUCCAUGACAGAUGGCCAUCCAACCUCUGCUUAAAAACCUCCAAGGAAGGACAGACCACAACCACCUGAGGGAAUCUGUUCCACUGUAUUCGUUCCAUUGAUAGCUGUACUCACCAUGACUUGGUUUAAGUCUCUUUUAAAGGUAUUCACUACAUCUUGUAAUAUAUACCGGUCACGUUGGUUGUUGGUUCCUACUCAGGGGGAUGUUAUAUACGUAUUCUCCAUCUUGCCAUAGCCAGAACUAUAUUAUAGUAGAAUACAACAAUUGCUUAGUUUCAAGGCUCACCAGUGUCGGACCUCAAAAUCUGUUUCAUACUCCAGCAUUUAUACUGCCAAUUCUCCCCCACCCCCACCCCUGCCCACCUCCCCACAGGCUGGGAGUGCCACAUGUGCAGAGUGCCUUCCUAACCUUAUAGAAUAACCACAGCCAACCUUCAUAGAUCAGGAUUUGGGGGGGGGGUAAGAGUGCUCUGAGCUCAGCACCUCUUAGCUAAAUUUUAUUCAGCUGCAAUUCUCUACACCAGGGAUAGCAAGUUGCCUGGAAGUGACUCUAGCAAAAUAAGCUGACAUAAAAGGACUAGAGUGUCUCAUAUUUAUCCUUUUUUAAAAAAUGCAAAUGUACAAUAUGGGACAAAAUGCUCUUUGUUAAAUACACAACACAAAUAUGCAUUGUAUAAGGCUCCUCUCCCUGGAUCCCAGUGUAAUAGGAAUUUAUUUUUUAAAAGAUAAAAUCUGAUUUACUGGCUAUUACGGAAGGGAGCAGAUUCAGUUCCCCAGGCUCCUUAUUUCCUUCCAAAUAGCAGACUGGAGGUGAGACAUUUAUGUUGCAAUGCCUCAAAUUUAUAUCGUCUUUUCCGCCCGUUUUAUUCCUGGCGCUAAUAAUGAUAUUGCUGAUGCUCUAUCCCGUUUUCAGAUGGAGCGCUUCAAAUCCCUUGCUCCAGGUGCCCACCAGCUUCUGGAAAAAUUCCUAGUCCAACUUUGGAACCUUGGCAGCAGCUAGUUUUGCAGGGAGUAGUAGCACCUAUUUCUCCUUCCACUUUGAGGUCUUAUAAGAAGGCCUGGAUGGACUUUUUAGCUUUCAGAGCACAGCUCAUGACCAGCCUUAGCAUGGAGUCAUCAUCUACACAACAGGUGUUGCCGUAUUUGGCUCACCUGCGUUUUAUGGGUCGUGCUGUGAAUUCAGUUGCCUGCCAUUUCAUUUUUCUGUAAAUCCCUUUAUUCCAGAGACCAUUGUGCAAAGUUUGUGGUGCGCAAGGCGCUUGAGGGCUGGGCCAGAUUGUAGCCAUCUAGGGCGCCAGGUAGGAGGCCGGUCACAUUUGACAUUCUUUGCGCUACGUGCAGCAAGCUGAGGCUAAUUUGCUGGUCUGCUUAUUAGGUGAGACUCUUUUCGACCGUGUUUUCAAUUGCGUUUUUUGGUGCACUGCGUGUGGGUGAAGUGGUGCUGGAGUCAGCACAGGGAAGGGCUCCUAGGCGCUUGCUUUUGCAGGACAUUCAGCUGUCCAAAGCUGAGCUUGUGCUCACUAUUCACAUAUCAAUAACUGACCAGUUGGGCAGAGGCACCUUGAUGAGGCUGCCUGCCACUUGUAAGCCUGGUCCUUGUCCAGUUAAGGAUGCCAAGAAAUAUAUGUCACUUCACCCGCCAAGGAAUGGUCCCUUCCUGGUUCAUGAGAAUGGGUCCUUGUUAAGGAGACAUCAAUUUGCUGCAGUUAUGCAUAAGGCAAUCGCAGCAUGCGGCCUGUUGGCCAGCGAGUUUGCACCUCAUUCCUUCCGUAUCGGGGCAGCUACCACUGCUGCGCAUUGGGGCCUGUCCGUCGACAGGAUUGAGGAUCUGGGCCGCUGGAAAUCUGAAGCAUACAAGGGUUAUGCUCGGAUGUGGCGCUGAGGUGCAGUUGCUUAUGUUGUUUUGUUCAUUCCUAGGUCCGCCUGCCCUGCAUGUCUGGAUAGUCGGGCACAGCAUUGACCACUGGGCCAGCAAGAGGGUGGCAGAGUUUGGAUUCAGAUGCAGGUUUGGGCCCCCCGAUCACGUGAGCGUCUCCUGGGUGUCCAGACAAGGAAUGCCUUGGGAGGGGCUUCUCCUAAGAGGUGCGGGCAAAGGUGUCUGCGGAGGCACGCCUGCGGUGGUGGUAGUGCAGCUGGCAGGGCAGUCUUAAGCACCUUUGGUGCCCUGGCGCAGUAGU